CGUACAUCAACCGCAAAUUCCGGCGCAGUUGCUUCUUCCUUCUCUUCUUCUGCUUGCUUGCAGGCACGUUACAUUCAGUGAAAGAUGGUGGGCUGCAGGGUGCGGUGGCUGGCGGUGCCAAGGCCCGUGGUGCUGGCUGGGCUGGUGGUUGCAGUGUGCACUGUCAGCUUCCUAAUUGGGCGACACUUCUGCGACUCCAGCCGUGCAGCUGCGGUGAUGAGAGAAACACAAACGAAGGAGCACAAUCAUCACCAUCAUCAACACAAUCAACUCAAUCAACAGCGGCAGCAACAGCAGAAUGCGAGACACGAAGAAGCCAGCAAUGGAGACCGCAAGGCCAACGUGCGGCAGGAUCGACGGGACGCCAGUGCUGUUGUUGUGGCUGACCCCAAGAUCGACUCUGAUGCCGUGCCGGCUGAAGGGCGCAUUCGAGCCGCCUCAACUCGUAUGUGUCUCGACGCACCAACGCAGCACACCCUCGCUUUCUGGGCCUGCGACAAAUCCAAGGAAGGAGCACAGAGGUGGACGUGGAGGGCUGAUGGCGCGCUGCUGAACGAAGCGCGUGGUGCCUGCCUGGGGAUGGAGCAGAUGGGCACCAAAUGGCUGGCAGUCACACAGCCCUGCAAUCCACAACAGCCCGAGCAACAGUGGGAGUACGUUCUGUACGGCACGUUGACGGGCAUCAUUCGCAAUCCAUCGCAAAACUUGUGCAUCACUGCGAAGCUCAAGAAAGAUGCCCCGCACUCCGCGGAUGACGUGCACCUGGCAUCCGAGGUUGUGCUUGCCCCAUGCGACGACCACCUGUGCGCGCAGCUGUUCGACGCCAACGUCCCCACACCCAACGUGCAAGGUUACAAACAGCGGUCGUUUGCGGCGCCGCCGCACCGCAGGCGCCAGCUCGCCCCUCCAUUCGUGUCUGCGGCUCCACAAUCGGCCGAAAAGAAGGCAGCCUCGGUCGCCACUGGGAAGGCCCAUAAGGUGCUGUGCUGGGUCAUGGCGCACCCAACCAAGCUGGACACAAAGGCCAUUGCCGUGAACCAGACGUGGGGCCAUCAGUGCGACAAGCUGCUGUUUGUUGUCGCUGAGCACCACCAACCGCUCGUGCCCCCUCUGGACACGCUUCCUCUGUUGAAGGUUAAUCUGGGCAGGGAAGAGUCCCGCAACACGCUCUGGCAGAAGAGCAAGCUGGCAUGGAAGCGCAUCAUUGACGAGCACGCACACGACUACGACUGGUUCUUGCGUGCAGAUGACGACUCGUACAUUGUGUUUGACAACCUGCGUCGCUUCAUCCAGAACAAGGAUCCUUCACAGCCGCAAUAUUUCGGGCGCGUGUACAAGUCCGAUGUGGGCGAUUUUUACUCCGGUGGCGGUGGCACGCUGCUGAGCCGAGCAGCUUUGCAACUGCUGGGAAAAGCGUACGACGACCACCCAGACUACUUUCUGGACUCCGACACAUUUGCAGACGACAUGGAGGUGUGCCGCACACUGCGUCGGAUGGGCUUGGACACGCAGACGUCGCUGGACAGCGAUGGGCGGCAGGUGUUCUUGGCGUUGGGAUUGGAGGAGGAGCGGGGCGUGACACGCGAACGCGAUGGCUCCCACUGGAUAUGGAAGUACGAUCCGACGUUCAAGGAGGGCAUCAACUGCUGCUCCAAGCACUGGAUCGCCACUCACUACAUCGACAGCCGAAGCAUGUUCUUCAUGCACGAUAUGAUUCAGAUGCGAUGUGAGGCUGGGGGCGCCGACCCGUGGUGGAGCAGUGCGGCAGCAACGGUCAGGUUUACUGCGUAA